GCACUUUAAUUUAUUCGUUUGGUACAUUUUUUGAGAUUUUUUUAAUGGCAAAAGCACUUGCAAAACAUUAUUAAAAGACAAAAGAUGGUUAAGAUAGUUUGAUGACAUUAAAUGAUUAAGAUAGUUUGAUGGCUCAAUUCUUCUUGCUUCUUCCUUUCUCCUCAAGUGAAUGUUGUUGAUUGGAUGAUAGGACUAAAGUUUCUGGUUCUAACAUUGGUUGCUGCUAGCUAACUGCACUUGGACUAUGUUUAUUCAAGUUUAUCCUCUUCAUUGGGCAGUGCAUUUUGUGCCAAGCUGAUGCAUUACCUUUGAAGGAAGCACUUCAAUUGGGACCAUGACAACUGAUUCAUCUCUUCCUUCUGGUGUUCACAAAGAAAAACAGAUUCUCUUGGAGAUUGGGAAUUCUGAAAAGCAAUUGUGGGCAUUGAUCCAUUCUGAAGGCCUAUUAAACUAUGAUGGCCAAGAGUUGUAUCGCAACAUCAGGUCAAGUUAUGAGAGAACAAUCUUGAAUAACCACACUCAUUCAGAACUUCAAGAUGUUGAAUAUUCCUUGUGGAAGCUUCACUAUAAGCAUAUUGAUGAAUUUCGCAAAAGAAUAAAGAAAUGUUCUGGCAAUGCUGAGAACAACAAAUCAGGAAUCUCGCAAGAUGGUGUUAUGCAGAUGAACAAUGACAAUCACAUAAAGGCAUUUAUGUCGUUUCUGUCAGAAGCAACUGAGUUUUACCAAACUCUAAUUGUAAAACUUAGAAAAUAUUAUGGAGUCCCAGAAGAGGCUUUGUUUUAUAAAAAGGGUUAUGUUUCAACUUCUUUUGAACCUGAAUUCAUGCUGAAGUGUCAAUAUUUAUGCCAUCGCUGCUUAGUCUGCAUGGGGGAUCUAGCCAGGUAUAAACAACAAUAUGAAAAUCUUGAUAUUCAAAACCAGAAUUGGUCAAUUGCAGCCAGCCACUACUUGGAAGCAACAAGGAUUUGGCCAGAUAGUGGAAACCCACAAAACCAGUUGGCUGUGUUGGCAACAUAUAUUGGUGAUGAUUUUCUUGCUUUGUACCACUGUGUAAGAAGUUUAGCAGUUAAAGAACCUUUUCCUGAUGCCUGGGAUAAUCUUAUUUUACUCUUGGAGAAAAACAGGUCAUCCCAUCUGCCAUAUGUUUCCAGUGAAUUCUGCUUGAAUUUCUUCAAACCUUCUCAAAGAAUCAGUAAAGGAACCGAAGCACGAACAAAUGACAAUAGCUCAAACUACAACAUGUUUGAAAGUGAAAGUAAUCAUUUUACUGACACAAAGUUAUGGUCUUUUGUGGUCAGAACAAUAAGUUUCCUCUUCAUAAUAUCAAGUAGUUUGGAGGAAUUCCCCAUUGCAUUGGCAUCUACUAUUGGAGUGUUGGAUGAAAUGAUGGAGUUAGAAGAUACAAAACUAAAGACCAUGUUGGUGUCUUAUGGACAAAUGGAUAUAGCCAGAAAGGGUCCUUUCCGAGCCUUACAAGUAGUUUCUAUACUCAUAUUUACCCUAAAGAAUCUAAUCGAUAAACACAGAAGAUAUGAAUUAGAAGACAAAAGUGAUAGCCAGCAACUUGUUCUGAUACAGCUGGCAUUAGCUGCUGCAUUCAUUUUCAUGGGACGUUUUGUCGAAAGAUGCCUAAAGUCUAGUCCUUUGAAUUAUUGUCCCUUAUUGCCUUCUGUACUUGUUUUUGCGGAGUGGUGUGCAAGCAUGCUUGACGCAAUUGAAGUAUAUGCAACUGAUCAAAGGAGUGCAACAGCUAUUUCUUACUAUUUUGAUGUGCUUGUUGAACUUCUAAAUCAACUAAAUGAGAAUAGAAAGGAAACCAAAAAGCUUGUAGAUAGCACCCCACUUUGGGAAGACUAUGAGUUGAGGGGCUUUGUAUCUAUAUCUCUUUCACAUUUCUCAUUAGAUUUCUCUGGUAGAUGGGAAUACAUUGACAACUUUGAAAAUGGCACUGAAUUGCGUACUCACCGCAUAAAUGAAGCAGCCUUGAAGAUUGCUACCAGAUCUAAUAAUUUUCAAAAGUGGAUUACAUGUGAUGAAUUAGGAAGAAAAUUUUAUGCGGCUAUGUCAGAAGAAGAUCAUGACAAGAAAGAAACAAAAAAUAUGGAGUCCAUUGACAUAAGAGAGAGAGGGGAUGACCCUAAUCAGAAAACUCAAAAAGACACAGGAGAAGAUAGAAAAUGUGGUACAAGGGAUAAUCCAAGUAGUUCCAGUACUAAGGAAAAAUCUUCACUUGUGGAAGAAGAAGAAGAAGUUAUUCUCUUUAGGCCUCUAGCAAGGUAUAAUUCAGCACCAUCAAAUGCCUUUAUUUCCUUUGAUGAGCAGAUAUCAUCACCAAAAGACGAGAAUGAUAAAAUCUCACCUUCUGAUGAUUGUCUGCGCCGUACUACAUCUCUUCUCACAGCACAAAAUCCACUUCAAAGUGAUCCAUGGGAAUUCCAUGGUGCCAUGGUGAAUCCAAGGAUCAACAAAUCAUUCAAAUUGAAUGAACCUUCAAUGAAGGAAUCAAAUGCGCACACAUUUUCUGAAGGUCUAAUCUCAGCUGGGCCUCCUUCACUCAAUGCUUGGGUCCUUGAGAGAGGAGGCUCGAGCACCAACAGGUUACAGCCCAUUGAGGAAGUAGCUUCUUCAUACUUGGCAGAUCUUUCAAUCAAUAGAACUCAGAACUCAGUCAUUAGUUCAGUGGAUGAGUUUUCAAACUUGCUUUCUUCUUCUGCUACAUAUACUGCUCCAAUUCCAUCAGCUCCAUUGUUGCCAGAUAAUGCUGCUUGGUACACUGAACUACAAUCUAGUGUAUCUUCUCCAUUAUUUCCAGAUAACCCUUCACCAAUUAGUGCUUACUCAGAUUGGAGGUCUACUUAUGAACCCCUUGGAUAUAAUACCAACUUUCCACCUUAUUCCAAUGGAUACUCACCAUCUAAUAGAAUGAGUUCUUUAGAAUGGUUGCAUUGGUACAGAGAGAAUCCCACACCUGAGAGGGUCAACAUCAACAAUCACAUGUUGCAGCCUACUCAUUUGACUGUUCCUAGAAAUCAUGAAAACUUCUUCUGUCAUGACAUUAACACCUACAACUACAGGUUUAAUCAAUAUGAUCAAUGGGGUAAUCCUUUGUCUCCUAACCAUUACACAUAUAUGAAACCUCCAGGAACCACACCGUUGCAACCAGGUUAUCCCUAUGCUUUUGGUGUUGAUGAACACAUGACCAGUCUCUUCAACAAUUUUCAAAGACCAAGGCCUUAUGGGUGUGGUUCUGUCACAGAGCAGAGAAACGAGGCACUGCCUUUACUAGAGUACCUUAAGGAAAAGGAAUGGCGACUCCAGCAGGAUCCUACCCUCGGAGGACCUACAUUCAUGGGAAAAUAAAACUCCUCAAACUUUGUUCCGUCAUUACAAAGUUGUUUGCUUCUUGCACUUUGAUUCAUACAACGUACCGAACUGUAUAAAUGUAUAUAUUUAUUAUAAUGUGUAUAUACUGUUUCAACCAUUCCAUGAAAGAGGGAUUUCAAAGAAAGUGGAUGAAUUAUCAC